AUGAUCCCUACAAGGAAGACAAUUCAAUUGGGCGAUCGAUUGGUGAAAUUACCUUGUGGAGAACUUGAGGAUGUUCCAAUUCAAGUGGGACACAUCUACGUGUCUUGUGACUUUGUAGUGAUGGAUAUGGAGGAAGAUGUUAACACUCCUUUGAUUUUGGGACGUGAAGCUCUUAAAACUUUGGGGGUGGUCAUCAAUUCCAAGAACAACACCAUCACUUGUGAAGUGGCCGAUGAAAAAAUUGUCUUUGAAUUUUCGAAGUUGCUCAAGAUCGCCAUGGUUGAAAAAUACUAUAUAGUUGAUGUUGUGAAUGAGGAGCUAGAUCGCUUGGGGAGGGUCGUGAUGAGGCCUCAAGAUCCAAUGAUUGAAGCCCUUACAUGCAAAGAAGAUUUCCACUCUCAAGAGGCUAAAGAAUUUGUCAUGGCAAUGGAGGAAUCCUCAAAGGAGGAAGUUGAACAAGAAGUUGAGACCGAGCUUGAGUCCAAGGAAGAGAAAUUGGAGGAGAUUAUCAUGUACACGGAUCACAUCGCGGUGCGGUAUCUCAUGACCAAGAAAGAAGCUAGGCCUCGCUUGAUCCGUUGGGUUCUCUCUCUCCAAGACUUUCACAUGGAAAUGAGGGAUAAGAAGGGAGCGGAGAACUAUGCAGCGGAUCAUUUGUCUAGGCUACCAUUUGAGAACAAGGAGGAUGUACCGAUUAAUGACGAGAGAGGAUUCGAGGCUCUCAUGACUUUGAUGUCGACUUCUAUCCCUUGGUACGCGUAUAUAGCCAACUAUCUUGCGUGCGGAGUCGUUCCCCCGGAGUACUCUUCUCAACAAAAGAAGAAGUUUUUCAAGGAGCUGAGAAGAUACUUUUGGAAUGACCAAUACCUAUUCAAGCAAUGUAGAGAUGGCCUUUAUCGGAAGUGCGUUCCAGAUCAUUAA